AUGAUUAGUCUCAUUAUGGAAGCGUUUGUCGAUCUGCUCGUGUCCGAAGACUGGCUCACCGAAGAAACGAAAAAGUUUGCAAAGCAAAAGGUGCAUACGAUGAAGCAGAAAAUCGGCUACCCCGACUACUUGAACGACUCCAAGUCAGUAGAUCAUGAGUAUCGGUUAUUCAAGGUUUACGAUGGCGGCUACUACAAAACCAAAUUCCAAUUUUAUGAGCAAUAUCAACGAGACGUGCUGGAACGGAUAGCUCAACCGGUGGACAGAGAACGGUAG